AUUUCGGUGUAAGCCUGUUGCCGUAUACGUGUAGGCGUUAUUUCCUAGCCACUGAGAGAGACAAGUCACGACAGAAUCCCAGGACCCGGAAACCCGAAACAAAACCCGAACUCCAUGGGGAGCCUCUGGCGGGCCGCGACGGCCCUGACGGCGAACCAACCAAACGACUACGACGGGGUGGAAUUCUGGUUGAACCCGGAGCGAACUGGUUGGCUCAUGAAGCAAGGCGAGUACAUCAAGACUUGGCGCCGCCGUUGGUUCGUCAUGAAGCAGGGGAAGCUCUUCUGGUUCAAGGACUCCACGGUCACUCGAGCGUCCAGGCCACGCGGAGUGAUCCCGGUGGCUUCCUGUCUCACUGUGAAAGGUGCGGAGGACGCGCUUAACAAACAGUACGCUUUUGAAUUAUCGACGAGGACGGAGACUAUGUACUUUAUUGCUGACUCGGAGAAGGAGAAGGAGGAUUGGAUCAACUCGAUUGGAAGGUCCAUAGUGCAGCACUCGAGAUCCGUGACGGUCAAUGAGAUCGUCGACUACGAUAGCAAGCGGUAAGUGGAAGAUUCGAUCGAUCCGAUCAUUCAUUCUCUUGUUUGUUCUGGGUAAAAUGUGUGGCUUAAACUGGUGAAUUUAGCAUCGUUUAUUGAAAUUCAUGUACUUGUGUGUUUAUAUAUUGGCUGAUAUAAUCUCUGUUUGAUAAUUUGUCCAGAAGUCCUUUGAAAUGCUUUGUUGUUAAUUUUUUUUUUAUUACUGGCUUGAUUUAUGGAUUCUA